AUAUAAUGGCCUUUGAUGAUGAAAUCAAUGCUCUUUUGGACCAUAUGUUUGGACCUCGAGAUUCUCGAGUCAGAGGGUGGUUCAUGUUGGACUCGUACCUUCCCACCUUUUUUCUUACUGUCAUCUAUCUGCUUUCAAUAUGGCUGGGCAACAAAUACAUGAAGAACAGACCUGCUCUUUCUCUCAGGGGUAUCCUCACCUUGUACAAUCUCGGAAUCACACUUCUCUCUGCAUAUAUGCUGGCAGAGCUCAUUCUCUCCACUUGGGAAGGAGGUUACAAUAUACAGUGUCAAGAUCUCACCAGUGCAGGAGAAGCUGAUAUCCGGGUAGCCAAGGUGUUAUGGUGGUACUACUUCUCCAAAUCAGUGGAGUUCCUCGACACUAUUUUCUUUGUUUUGAGAAAGAAAACAAGUCAGAUCACUUUUCUUCAUGUAUAUCAUCAUGCCUCUAUGUUUAACAUCUGGUGGUGUGUUUUGAACUGGAUACCUUGCGGACAGAGUUUCUUUGGACCAACACUGAACAGUUUUAUCCACAUUCUUAUGUACUCCUAUUAUGGACUUUCUGUGUUUCCAUCCAUGCACAAGUAUCUCUGGUGGAAGAGGUAUCUCACUCAGGCUCAACUGGUGCAGUUCGUGCUGACCAUCACGCACACCCUGAGUGCUGUCGCCAAGCCCUGUGGCUUCCCCCUCGGUUGUCUCAUCUUCCAGUCUUCUUAUAUGUUGACAUUAGUCAUCCUGUUCUUAAAUUUUUAUGUUCAGACAUACCAAAAAAAGCCAAUAAAGAAAGACAUGCCAGAGCCACGUGCAGGGAACGAAGUGAAGAAUGGUUUUCCCAAAGCCUGCUUCACCGCAGCGAAUGGAGUGAUGAACAGGAAGGCACAAUAGAGCAGUGACAGAGGAGGCACGCGUGCAGCCGCACAGACCUGCUGGCCUUCAAGCAAGGACUGAAUUGAAAGUUCUGUUUUAGCGAAAACUAACUUCUUUUGAGUUUAUAAAUCAUUUGUACCCAGAAUGUAUUAAUACAUUGCUAUUAGGUUACUCUUAACUGAAUGCUUUGGUCGGCACUGAGGGGAUGCUACGUUUUGGAGACCUCAGAUCUGGUGCAACUUCUCCCCCUCUCAUCCCCUCCCACAGACUUAACCCCUCUCCUGAAACUGUCUCUGUAACGCCUUACACGCAUACAAAGCAGGAAACAUGUAGGACUGUUUUUCAUGGCAAGUCUUCAAAUAAAAAAUUAGAAUUUUAUUCAGAUUAAAAUGUUUAAAACAAAAUGUUAACUGUAUUUUAAAUACAGGUAUUCGAAUGUACAUUAAGCAAUAAUUGUCAGUGCAGAAAGUGGUCAAUUUGGUUUUUUUAGGAAUUAACCUCAGAAAAUAUUAAAAUGGGAUCAUAAAUGGAAGACAGGAAGAUCUAGCAAAACUUUUCUCUAAGCCAGAGUCUUGUCUGUCAAAUUCUUACACCCACUCCUGGUUCUAAAUUUACUGAUAUGGUAAUGAAAUUUGUAUUUUUUUAUUUUGAAGAUUAGUUAUUCUAAGAAGAAAAAUAUUUUUCUGUCAAGUUCUUAUAACUCAGGGGCUUUGGAUAGGAGUUGUUUCUCAGUUUUAAUUUGGUUUCCUAAAUUGUUCAUAUAUCCAUGUCUACCUCCCAUGUUAGCCUAGUAAUAGAGACUCCAUGCUUCACACUAAGAGUGGUAGCUAUUUCCUUUCUGAAAGGAUUGGAAUCCAAUCUGCCCUUUUCCUUAAAACAUGUACGCCACUGGAAUAUUUAUAAAUGAUAAUUAAUGGAGCAGUGGGGGCAAAAUAGAUACUGAUUUGUUAAGUAUUUCUUGUGAGCCUACUUGUGAAUAUCAUCCCAAAUACCUGCUGUCACUCUUUGAAGAAUGUUUAGGUUUUUGAAAAUAGGAAGAAAAAGACAGAGUGGUUUGGAAAGGUUCCAUUACUGAGCCAUAGGCUGGUAACAAGCCACAACGAAGACGCCAGUUUGGCGCUGGGUGCAUCUUUUCCCUGCUCAGGUGCUGUCCUCUCCACUGAGAAGCAAGCACAAAGCAGAUGCAAGCAUCCGUGAGUAUUUCCUUUCUUGUCCAGCGAUGUACCAUUAUUUACUGUUAAAGUGUACCAAGAAUGGAAGCAAAGAAUAUUUUCCGAAGAUUUGAUGGAGAUUAAUUUAUAUCCUAUAAAUUAACUUGCCAACUUUGACACCUUAUCUUUCCUUUUUUUUAGAAUAUGUUUUAAGUCAUAAUAUUGACAUCAACUGCAUAAGCACCAGAAAGGCAUUUCACCACUGCCCCAAUACGUUACUGUCUAGGGUGCCUUUCUGUCCCUUUUAUGCUUUUUAUUUUUUGUCCUGAGCUCUAGUUUUGAAAUUAUUUUCCCUAAGAAAAAUUGUAACUGACUUCUCUUUUAUUUCAUGUAAACUUCCUUUCUCAGGAUUCUGGCAUAUUUUUUGACUAAAAAGGUGACUAAAGCUUAGUAUCGUCUUCAGGGAGAAUGCACUGUACCCUGUAACAUCCCUUUCUCUACUGGUUGGUUCACUUCUGCUGAACAGACAUCUUCCUGUUUGAUGCUCAUUUACUGUUUUUCUAAAUCAUUUUCUAAAUCUGUCUUGCUCUAUGGUGCUUAAGCACUACUUCUAUCUUGUGUCACCUUAUAACUGUAUUCAGUGUAUUAUUCUCUCCCAGCAAUUCAUUUUAAAACAAGGGCUAGCUUUGAGUAUGACUAUCAUUCCUCGUCUAUGACAAAGCACAAAUUGGACUAAGGAGAAAGCACCUUGGAGAAACUAAAUCUAAUUCAGUUUUAGGUCUCAAACAUGGACUCAACUGUUACCAGAGUACAUUCUAAGUAAAAUGAGAUUUAGAGAGAAGACGGACAUCACUGGUCACAGCAUUCAGCUUAUUUAUAAUUGCCAGUGAGGCGCUGAGGUCUCACUGCAUAUUAUGCCUACAAUGUGGGAUGUUUUCGUGGUCUUCACUUGCAUAUAUCAAGAAGGGAGUCACCCUUCAGCAGACUGAUAAAGUCAACCAGCUAUAAAUACAAGGCUGCUUGACCUCUCCAAUCAAAGUGAAGAACUUGGGUAGUUUACACUUUCAAGCUAACGCUGGAGCUGGAGAUAGAGGUUGCAGAAUACUUAUUUCCAAUUUGGUCUUUAAUUCUAGAGAAGCUUAAUAAAACAUAUAGCCUUAAACCAUUCAAGGGCUAAUAAACAAUGUAUAUGAUUUCUUAGCCACAGAAAUUGAAUCAGGUAAAUAUUUUAACCUGUCAUUGUGUUACAACUUUAAAACCAAAAUAUUUACCUUUAAUGUGAUUUUCCUAAAACAGAAUUAUAAAAAAAAUUUUUUUUGAUAUCUCUAUAAUCUGUUAAAGAAAAAAGUAGGAAAUUUGUUUUCCCAAAUAUAUUUUCUCUUAUUCAUGGGAAUAAGAAAUGAAUACUUUAAAGCAUACAUGUUAAUAAUUCCUCUAAUUUUUUAAACUAACAUAAUGGAAUAUUUGCUGAAUGGAAUUAAACAUA